AUUUUAAAGAGGUCUGAGCUCUGGCAGUUGCACACUCUGUCCUCAAGCCAGGAGUGGGGUGGAGCCAGCACUGUUUAAAGACACUGGAGCAGCCCAGAAAGCCAAGCACUCUGUUACUAAGCAGGAGACUGAGUGUCCAAUUGAGAGAAGGAAUAAAAGAUGGUUCUUAGCACAGAAGAAAACAGAAGUGCUGAUUUACUCAACUUAUCCAGUGGAGAGAGUGGCCUAGGAGAGAAAGACAAGGAUUCUGUGAACAAUCUCUGCAGUCAGUAUGAAGAGAAAGUGCGGCCCUGCAUUGACCUCAUUGACUCCCUGCGGGCUCUGGGUGUGGAGCAGGACCUGGCCUUACCUGCCAUCGCUGUCAUUGGGGACCAGAGUUCAGGGAAGAGCUCUGUGCUGGAAGCACUGUCUGGAGUGGCCCUCCCUAGAGGCAGUGGUAUCGUUACCCGGUGCCCUCUGGUGCUGAAACUGAAGCAACUCAAGAAGGCAGCAGAAUGGAGAGGCAAGGUCAUCUAUAAGGACACCGAGAUUGUGAUCUCACACCCCUCACUGGUAGAAAGGGAAGUCAAUAAAGCCCAGAACUUGAUUGCUGGGGAAGGGUUGCAGAUUAGCUCUGAGCUCAUUAGCUUGGAGAUCAGCUCUCCACAUGUCCCAGACCUGACUCUGAUUGACCUGCCUGGUAUCACAAGGGUGGCUGUAGGUGACCAGCCAGCAGACAUCGAAUACAAGAUCAAGAGACUCAUCAGGACAUACAUCCAAAAACAGGAGACCAUCAACCUGGUGGUUGUCCCCAGCAAUGUGGACAUUGCCACCACAGAGGCCCUGAGCAUGGCUCAGGAGGUGGACCCUGAAGGGGAUAGGACCAUAGGGAUCUUGACCAAGCCUGAUCUGGUGGACAGAGGUGCUGAAGACAAGGUUGUUGAUGUGGUGCGGAACCUGGUGUGCCAUCUGAAAAAGGGCUACAUGAUAGUCAAGUGCAGGGGUCAGCAGGACAUCCAGGAGCAGUUGAGCUUGGCUGAGGCUCUUCAGAAUGAGCAAGUCUUCUUCAAGGAACACCCACACUUCAGAGUUCUUCUGGAGGAUGGGAAGGCCACAGUGCCCUGCCUGGCAAAGAGACUGACCACGGAGCUCACCUCCCACAUCUGUAAAUCACUGCCACUAUUGGAAAAACAAAUAAAUGAGAGUCGUCAGAGUGCGAGUAAGGAGCUGCAGAAGUUUGGUGCAGACAUACCAGAAGAUGACAGCAAGAGGAUGUCCUUUCUGAUAAAUAAAAUCAAUGUCUUCAACAAGGAUAUCACGACUUUGGUACAAGCACAGGAAACCAUAUCAGGGGGAAACAGCCGGUUGUUUACCAAACUUCGAGAUGAAUUUUUUGCUUGGGAUGCUUUUAUUGAGCAACAUUUCAAAGAAAGUUCUCCUGAGAUACAUAGCAAGAUGAAAGAAUUUGAAAAUCAGUAUCGUGGCCGGGAGCUGCCAGGGUUUGUGGACUAUAAGGCAUUUGAGAACAUCAUUAAAAAGCAAGUCGAAGCCCUGGAAGAGUCCGCUGUGAAUAUGCUGUGCAGGGUCACUGAGAUGGUCCGAACUGCCUUCAUAAAGGUGUCAUCAAACAAUUUUGGUAAUUUUUCAAACCUCCACUAUACUGCUAAGUCCACAAUUGAAGACAUAAGAUUAAACCAAGAAAAAAAAGCUGAGAAACUGAUCCGACUUCACUUCCAGAUGGAACAGAUUGUCUACUGCCAGGACCAAAUUUACAAGGAAGCCUUGAAGACAAUCAGAGAGGAGGAGGCAGAGAAAGAGAAGACUAGGAGGCUAAAUAACUCUCAGUUUCCUCAAAAGGAGUCGACUAGCCCAGAGAUGAGCCAGCAGGAAUGCUUCUACCAGGAGUGCAGAAGGAACAUUGGGAGACAGAUCCCUCUGAUCAUCCAGUACUUCAUCCUGAAAACAUUUGGAGAGGAAAUGGAGAAAGCCAUGCUUCAGCUUUUACAGAACACCCAUAAAUGCAGCUGGUUCCUGCAGGAGCAGAAUGACACCAGAGAGAAGAAGAAGUUCCUGAAGAGGCGGCUUUUAAGGCUGGAUGAGGCUCAGCGGAAGCUUGCCAAAUUCUCCGAUUAAUCCGGCUAGCUAUGUGGCUUUCCUGGUAGCUGAGCAAUGAUCCUUUAGCUGCUUACCUUAUGUUAGUAUGUUGCCUUUAGGCUGUGGAAGCAAGAAGCCCUCUGCAAACUCUAAGGAGAUGAGGAAAGAGAGCUACGGAGAGUCACUCUACUUCAGCAGUAAGAUGUGACCUCAAAGCACAGGAGGGUGGCACCUCUCAGGAUCCUUCCUGCUCCUAACUCUGCAUUUUCUUUGUCAGGAGGAUGCACCUCAGAAGGGACGACUUCUAGUUUUGUACUGUCUUGUCUGGAAGCAGUGCAAGAGGUGCCACAGAGUCCCGGUAGGACAGCUCUUUGUAGGCAUCCAUUUUUUUUGGAACCUACUUUUAACAAGGAUUCAACCUCUCUUUUAGCCUACCACCCAUCAGAGGUAGUUCUUUGGGGACGAGCUCGAUCUUCUUGGGCAGCAGUUCAGUCGCAUAGCAAACACCAAAUAUGACUCAGCAGCUGCAGACCAGUCCUCUAGGCAGGCAGACACCACACACAAGCAGCGGCUAUGACUACAGUCCAGUUCUUUUCUACAGGCAGAAACCAAACACGAACCAGCAGCUGUAGUUCAAUCUUGAAGAAAGCUUGCCAGCUAGCCUGAGGUGAGGCUGUGGAAGCGACAAGCUGCUGCAGGAACCUCACAAGUAGUUCUUAGGUGAGUUUCUCUCAUUGGCGGUGUUACCAC